AUGGCUCCGAAGCCUGCCAGUGACCGAGAAGUCAGAAAAGCAUACGGGCGAAUGAUUCAGCCUGCCUUGCCAAAUUUGUCUUUCCGCGCUGGCGCAAAGUCAAACAAGACCAAGCCGGCCCCAGCCUCACAACAGGAGGUUCGAGAAGCGGCUGAAAGUUCCACUGCGCACACCGUCGCGAACCGCAAACCGAGUGAGGCAGAAAAUAAUGCUCUCGUCGAUCUACCAGAGUUGAACACUUCUCCAGAUGAGUCCUUUGCGCAUGAAGAACGUUCGGUAUCUACCGGCCCGUCGUCCGUCGCACCGCAAUUUGCCUCACCUACUCCUCAAGAACAAGCAAUCCAUCUUCCGAAAGGCACUAAAUCUGAUGAGAAAGAAGACGCAGUAGCAGAGGUUGACCCGGUCGCCAACACUUCAGUUGAGCUGCCUCACAAAGAUGCAAGCACCGUUGGCAAUAUGGUGGUGAGCAGUGAGUUGACAACCAGUGGUCCAAACAACGGUCAGGAUGCCGCCAACUUUGGCCUUUCUCGGUACAAUCAGCCAUCUGAAGCAACCAGUAUGGUAACUGAGGAGGAAAAUCGACGAGUUCUGUCUGGGCCCGGCCCUGCUGUCGCAGAUUCCCCUCCUGCCAGCAGUUUGGCUGCCCACAACGCUGUCAAUGGAACGCAGCCAUUCAUGCAAAUAGGCAAUGGCAGCUCGUCUGGGUCUCAGUUCGAAGCCUACAAUGUACCUGAACAGACACAACCGUCGGCCCCGUCCUCGGUGUUUCAUGAACAGAGCGUCAAUGGUAUUGAGCCGUUGUCUAUGACGGGGUCUACCCCCAGUCGCCCUGAGUCUGUCCCAAGACAUUUCAACGCGCUGGUGCCUCUUCCGGACCAUUUGAUUUCGGUGGCCUCGACGAAGGAGGCAGCUGAUUGGGCUGUCCAAGUCAAUCCACCAACUGGGCAACCGUUCGUUACCUUCGGUCAUGGAGUCAUCCUCUCCCGGAGCUUGCGCUUGCGCAAAUUGAUGGAUCGUCAGAAGACUACAGCUGAUGCUGCCAACAUCAUCAACUUAUUUCCUGCACGCCAGGUCUUUCCACAUGCGUUCGAAGCGGCACUGCGGUUUCUGUACUCGGACACAGUCCUGUCAGACAACUUUUUUUCCAACACCCCGCCUGGACCGGACCAUCAUGCUACCAGACUACACAACCUGGACUACAUCAUGUCCUAUUGGGUUGCUGGUAUCGAGCUCGGUCUCGAGCCGGUCUCUAUCUGUGCAGAGAGAAUCCUGUCUGCAUAUCUGAAGUGGGAUGUCGUCGAGGUUGCGUACAAGAAUGCAAUUGAGCUUGGAAAUUCACCCAUAUCGUCGGUUGGAAGGAACAUGACUGGGACGGAUUAUCUUGUCGCUAGUAACUCGAUUAUCCGGCUCAUCCUUCAAUUUGUGGCCAACAACAUCGACUUUGACAACUUCAAACUUGACCCCAACAACCCCUCCACAGUCUUCCCAUCCCGUCUUCCGCAGCUUGACGACGGUCGCCCAAGAUUCAAUCCAGCAUUGGCAUCCAUGGUUUUUGGGUCUUUGCCAUCGUCCGUCAGCAUGUCUCCCUCUCUACGCCAAUCAGACCUCGUGGGAACGGGACCGACGUUCCCAGAUACAGUGGCAUCCAACAUUCUUCUGAAUGUAGAUUUCGAGAACUUGAAUUUCUUCAACGAGCUCCUGCGUGGACGACACAAUCCGGAAUCUACCAAGCUCAUGGCAGCAGUUGUCGCCGAGCGUGAAGCACGUCGUCUGAAGAUUCUCAAUACUCACUCCAUCCCGAAUCGAGACCGGAUGGUGAACUCAAGCAUGUGGGAGCCAGUGGGACUGAGAGAGUCUUUGAACGGGACUGUUCUUCUCAGAGAACGCGUUGGAUUCUUGCUCUCUUCCAAGCCAGAAUCUAACAGCUCUGAUAGUAUCACUGCAUAG